ACCAACAGAUUGAUCUGAGGACGGAACACUUAUUGCAGUUGUUGCAGGCAGCUCCACCUUCUGAGCCUGAGCUACAAACAGCAGCUGCUUCUUUUCCAGCUUUAAUUUCAGAGACACACGAAACUGCGAGCGAACGGUAUGGCUCCAGCUCGAGUUCUCACACUCGUGUUGCUCGUCGCAGCGGCUGCCUGGGUUUCGGCCGCGGCCGCCGCCGGUGACGCAGCCCCCAGCGCUGCUUCAUCGUCUUCGGCGCCGGUUGGGUGGCUGAAGGCGCACGCAACGUUCUACGGCGGCGCCGACGCCUCCGGCACCAUGGGAGGGGCGUGCGGGUACGGCAACCUGUACUCGCAGGGGUUCGGGACGCGGACGGCGGCGCUGAGCACGGCGCUCUUCAACGACGGCGCGGCGUGCGGGCAGUGCUUCAAGAUCGCCUGCGACCGCAAGAGGGCGGACCCGGCGUUCUGCAAGCCCGGCGUCACGGUGACCGUCACGGCCACCAACUUCUGCCCGCCCAACUACGCGCUGCCCGGCGACAACGGCGGCUGGUGCAACCCGCCGCGGGCGCACUUCGACAUGGCGCAGCCGGCCUGGGAGAAGAUCGGCGUCUACCGCGGUGGCAUCAUCCCCGUCAUGUACAAAAGAGUUCCUUGCGUGAGGCGAGGUGGGGUGCGGUUCACGAUCAACGGGCACGACUACUUCAAUCUUGUGCUCAUAGCCAAUGUCGCGGCAGCCGGCUCCAUCAGGUCCAUGGAUGUCAAGAGCUCCGGUUCGGAUAACUGGAUGCCCAUGGCGCGCAACUGGGGUGCCCAAUGGCACUCCCUGGCAUACCUUACGGGGCAAAGUCUCUCGUUUAGAGUCACCGACACUGAUGGACAGACUCUUGAAUUCACGGACGUGGUGCCGAAAGGAUGGAAGUUUGGCCAAACAUUUGCAAGCAAGAUGCAGUUCAAGUGAGAGCUCCGUGCACCUGGGAUUUCUUCCCGUGAUUUGAUUUGUGGGGACAGUCAAAGCACUGAUGGAGUUGCUUGCAUUGUACAUUAUAUUUGUUGCUUGUGUGUGUACCGAUUCUUAAUCAGAUAUGGCUUGUAACUCUUAUUCUUUUAUUGUACAUAAUUAAAGAUGUGUAAAUUAUCUAUAAGGAACGUAUUUGGUGCAAACCAAUCUCUCCGUGCAAACUAUGAAAAUUUCAAUCUGAGUCAUUGGAUCA